CCCCGCGCCGCCGCUGCUGCGUCACGGCCCCGCCGCCGCCGCCCGCCCGCAGCGGCCGCUCGGGGUCGGGGCUGGGGGGCCCGAGAGACCCCCCCGGGACGGGCUGGAGACCCUCGGGACCCCCCCGCUGCCGGCCUCUGGCCCCGCCCCCCGGAUGUGAUGGAGGCCGCCGGGGGGCAGUCGCCCCCCCAGAACCCCCCGAAGCCCCCCCAGAUCGGGGAGGGGCAGGACGUGCUGGCGCGAUGGACGGACGGGCUGCUCUACCUGGGCGUCGUCAAGAAGGUGGACGCUCCCCGCCGGGGCUGUUUGAUCCAGUUCGAGGACAAUUCCCAAUUUUUCGUUCUCUGGAAAGACAUCAGCCCCGCGGCCGAGCCCGGGGAUGAGCCCUCGUGCUGCGUGUGCGCCGGGAAUUCCGGGAGUGCCGAGAACGGCCUCGUUCGAUGCGGGAUGUGCGGCCACGCGUACCACCAGCGCUGCCACGUUCCCCCUCCCCCCGGCGGCGCCGGGCCCUGGAGCUGCCGCCGCUGCGUCUUCGCCGUGGCCACCAAGCGGGGCGGGGCUCUCCGGCGGGGCCCGCAGGCGCGGGCGAUGCUCCGGAUGAAGUCGGUUCUUCCGUACGCGCUCGGGGCCCUGGACUGGGACCCCCCGCACCUGCACAACCUCCAGCACUGCUACUGCUACUGCGGCGGGCCCGGACACUGGAACCUGAAGAUGCUCCAGUGCUCCCAGUGCUCCCAGUGGUUCCACGAGGCCUGCACCCAGUGCCUGUCCCAGCCGCUGCUCUACGGGGACAGGUUUUACAUCUUCGAGUGCAGCGUCUGCCGGGGCGGAGCCGAGAGCGUGCGGAGGCUCCCGCUGCGCUGGGUGGACGUGGCUCACCUGCUGCUCUACCACCUGAGCGUGCGCUGCAAGAAGAAAUAUUUCGACCUGGAGAGGGAAAUUCUGCCCUUUGCCAACUGCAACUGGGAGGGGCUUCUGCUGGGCCGGCUCGCAGCCACCCCGAGGUCCGAGCGCUACGAGCGGCUCCUGGGGGCUCUCAGCACCCACAAGGACAGAGUCGUGUGGGGCCGGGAGAUGAAGAAACGGCCCCCCCAGCGGAUCCUACAACUUCCGGCGGAAACAGGAGAGGAGACCCCCCAGAAAUUUCCCCUCCCCCAGCCCCCCAUCCGGAUGUUCGCCUCCUUCCACCCCUCGGCCAACACCAGCCCCAGCUCUCCCACGCCGGACCCGGAUCCCGCCCCUCCCCCUCCCCCUCCCCCCUCGCGCCGCCGGCCCCUCCCCCUCCCCGGCCCCUCCCCAUCCCCCUCCCCGGCCCCUCCCCCCGCGCUGGCCCCGCCCCCCCCGGCCCAGGCCCCGCCCCCCCGCGUGCUGGCGCGCCGUGUGACGCUGGACGGGACCGUUCAGUACCUGCUGGAGUGGGGGGGAGGGGCCGUGCUCUGA